AUGUCUUUGAUUGUCAAUUGUUUUAAACCUCGCUUUAAAAACUUAAUAUUUCCUAGUUGUCUUGUAAGAGAUAAAAGUAUAUGGACUAGUGAAAAAAUUGUUAAUUCUCCAUACAAAGAUAUUGAUAUUCCUAAUGUAACAUUGAAUGACUAUAUGUUUUGGAAUCUAGAAAAGUGGGCGACGAAAACUGCCGUGGUCUGCGGUGUGACUAACAGAGGAUACACUUACGAGCAAGUGUACAAAAAAUCAAGAGUAUUCGGAGCAAGCCUUAAAAAUAAAUUCAAAAUUAAAGCCGGGGAUGUCAUCGCUGUGAUGUUAUCGAAUGGUCCCGAAUAUCCAAUCAUCACGAUGGGAAUACUGGCGGCUGGCGGUGUAGUUACCACUAUGAACCCUAUUUACACGCCAUAUGAAGUCCAGAGACAAAUCAUUUUGUCAGAAGCUAAUGUUAUUGUUACAAAUAUAGAUAUAGCACCAACAAUAAAAGAGGCUCUUAAACUAGCUAAAAGAAACAUUCCAAUAAUAAUGCUAGACAUAACUGAAUCUCGACUUGAUGGAACAAUAUCUUACAAAGAACUAGUUGAAGACCAUCACGUAGAUUUAGAUAUCCUAAACGAAGUUCAAAGUAAUUGUGAUGAUGUAGCGAUUUUGCUGUAUUCUAGUGGUACAACUGGUUUACCAAAGGGCGUGGAACUCACACAUAAGAAUUUAAUAUCCAAUUCUGAACAACAGAAUACAGAAUUAAGACAGUAUUCUUAUACAACUGCAAGUCAUCAAGAUAACACUCUCGUAGUUCUACCAAUGUUUCAUUCCUUCGCGCUGAGCGUACAAAUGAUUCAUAAGAUGACAGUUGGUUUGAAACUUAUCACCUUACCAAAGUUUCAGCCUGAAGUUUUUCUGAAUACGAUACUUAUGCACAAAAUACAUUCAAUGUACCUUGCACCACCUGUGGUAUUGUUUCUCGGCUCACACCCUCAAGUGACUGCUAAGCAUUUCGAACAUGUGAAGACUAUAACAUCAGGAGCUGCACCACUUCCUUCAGCAGACGUCCAGAGAUUAUUGCAUAAAGCAGGACGAGAUGUCGACUUUUGUCAAGGUUAUGGAUUGACUGAGGCUGGCCCAGUUGUAAGUCUGCCGGCAAAUGGACAAAAAACCUACGACGAUGUCGGCCAUUGUUUACCGAAUGUUCAGAUGAGAAUAGUUGAUAGGGAAAUGAAAAAUGUAGGCCCUGAUAAGGUCGGCGAGCUUUUAGUCAGAGGCCCAAACGUUAUGAAAGGUUAUUUUAAAAAUCCACAAGCUACAAAAGAGACGUUUGAAGGUGAUUGGCUUAGGACCGGCGAUAUAGGCAAAAUUGACAAGACUGGCCUGCUGUUUAUAUCAGACAGACUUAAGGAACUUAUAAAGGUCAAUGCAUAUCAAGUCCCUCCAGCAGAGUUAGAGAAUGUGCUCAAAGAACAUCCUGCAGUAUUAGACGUAGCCGUUGUCGGAGUACCUGAUGAUGUUACGGGAGAAAGACCAAGAGCUUUUGUAGUCUUGAAACAAGGAGUUACAUCGACAGAUAAAGAAAUUAUGGAGUUUAUUAAUAAACGAGUUGCACCUUAUAAGAAGAUAAAGCAAGUGUCCUUUCUAGACAGCAUACCGAAAAAUGCAUCUGGAAAAAUUCUAAGAAAAACCAUUAAAGAACAGUACUGUUAA